UUCGUGAGUGAAUGAGAAAACGCGGGGGAGGUAUGCCUUUGACCUCCUGGCCACCACGCUCCCACUAUGAUGUAUCGAGGAAGGGCUGAGAAGAAAAUGACUACUUCCUGGGCGGAGCGAGUGCCCCAGAGUUUUCGGGAAGGAGACAUUUACUGAGGCAGGAUUUUGGCAGACCAGUCACGGAACGAAACCUCCCGCCUUUGGUCUUUGGUCCCGCCCGGGCUGAUGCAGCGCGGCACCGACGCCUGCGCUAGCUCUCUCCGUCCUUAAUCCCGCCUCUUCCGGUCAAAUCUUGGGGGUGGGUCAGCGCCGGUAAAAUGGCAGCGUCCGAGAUGAUGGUUCCUGAGAAACCUAGUCACAAAAAGUACAGGGCCGCCCUGAAGAAGGAGAAAAGGAAGAAGCGUCGCCAGGAACUCGCGCGACUGAGAGACUCAGGAGUCUCACAGGAGGAGGAAGAGGGAGAGGAGGAUGCUUUUAUUGAAGAACAACAACUAGAAGAAGAGAAGCUGUUGGAAAGAGAGAGGCAAAAGUUACAUGAGGAGUGGUUGCUAAGGGAGCAGAAGGCACAAGAAGAAUUCAGAAUAAAGAAGGAAAAGGAAGAGGCAGCCAGAAAACGGCAGGAAGAACAAGAGAGAAAGUUAAAGGAAGAAUGGGAAGAACAGCAGAGAAAAGAGAGAGAAGAGGAGGAGCAGAAACUGCAGGAGAAGAGAGAAAGAGAGGAAGCUGUACAGAAGAUGCUGGAUCAGGCUGAAAAUGAGCUGGAAAAUGGUACCACCUGGCAGAACCCAGAGCCACCAGCAGAUUUAAGAAUAAUGGAGAAAGAUCGUGCCAACUGUCCAUUCUACAGUAAAACGGGAGCUUGCAGAUUUGGAGAUAGGUGCUCACGUAAACAUAACUUCCCUGCAUCAAGUCCCACCCUUCUUAUUAAAAGCAUGUUUACUACAUUUGGAAUGGAGCAGUGCCGGAGGGAUGACUAUGACCCUGACGCGAGCCUGGAGUAUAGCGAAGAGGAAACCUACCAGCAGUUUCUUGACUUCUAUGAUGACGUGCUGCCUGAGUUCAAGAAUGUGGGAAGAGUGAUUCAAUUCAAGGUUAGCUGCAACUUGGAACCUCAUCUGAGGGGCAAUGUGUAUGUUCAGUACCAGUCGGAAGAAGAAUGCCAAGCAGCCCUUUCUCUGUUUAACGGACGUUGGUAUGCAGGACGACAGCUUCAGUGUGAAUUCUGUCCAGUGACCCGAUGGAAAAUGGCAAUUUGUGGUUUGUUUGAAAUACAACAGUGUCCAAGAGGAAAACACUGCAACUUUCUUCAUGUGUUCAGAAAUCCCAACAAUGAAUUUUGGGAAGCUAAUAGAGACAUCUACCUAUCUCCGGAUCGGACUGGCUCCUCUUUUGGUAAGAACUCAGAGAGGAGGGAGAGGAUGGGCCACCACGACGAAUACUACAGCAGGAGGAGAAGAAGCAGCCCUAGUGCAGACCACAACUACAAGAGAAAUGGGGAGUCUGAGAGAAAGAGAAGUGCUCACAGGGCAAAGAAAUCUCACAAACAUAUGACCAAGAAUCGUGAGAGGCACAAUUCACGAAGCAGAGGAAGAAAAAGGGACCGAAGCAGGGGCCGGGGCAGCCAGAGCCGGAGCCACAGGAGCCGUAGGAGCCACAGGAGUCGGAGUCGGAGCCCAAGCCGGAGCCACAGGAGCAGGAGCAGAAGGAGCAGGAGCCGGAGCAGGAGCCGGAGCAGGAGCAGGAGCCGGAGCCGGAGCCGGAGCCGGAGCCGGAGCCGGAGCCGGAGCAGGAGCCGGAGCCGGAGCCGGAGCCGGAGCCAGAGCCAGAGCCAGAGCCAGAGUAAGAGCCGGAGCCAGAGCCAGAGCCGGAGCCAGAGCCAGAGCCGGAGCCAGAGCCAGAGCUCAUCUAGAUCCAGGAGUCGCGGCGGGAGGCGGUCAGGUAGUAGAGACAGAACAAUUCAGAGUCCCAAAUCCAAAUAAACCAAUUUUGUUCUUUAAUGGUUGUAUAUCUUACUUAUUAUAGCUACUACAUUCUUGGAUAGAAGACCAUGUGCUCAAAUGGGUUCCCAAAUCUGACCAAAGCCUAUAUAACCUGGAAUUUUAUUUAAAAAUAUUUUGACUCUGAUAAUCAUGAACUGUUUAGUACAGAAAACCCAAUAAUAUGAAAAUUACUUAAUUCUUAUCCUGAGAGAUAAUUAACACAGGAGCAUUGUUUUUGUCUUUUUUCCUCUUCUUAUUAGCAUCUACACAUUUUAUAUAUACAUAUAAAUUUUUUAUUAUUUUGGUACUGGGGAUUGAACCCAGGGGUGUUUAACCACUAAGCCACA